AUGUCUUCUGAAAGAAGGUGCCGAUCACCAAGCUCGCAAGUACCCUUGUACCUUUGGGGUGGCUCUCAAGUUCCCAAAGAGAAGUUUGUGGCCAAUCUGCACCGUGUCACCACCGAGGCCCAGUUCAAAACAUGGCGUGCCCUUUUCAAUUUUGCCAUUCCCAAGGACGUACAUGUCAAGUUAGCAGAGCCCUCGUCCGACAGCGUACCACGGGUGGAUUCGAACAAUCCAGGUGCCAGGAUCAUCAUGUUCCGCCCCUUCUAUUUCUCGCUAGGCUUCACGUUUCCGAUGUCGAAAUUUUUCAGGGAUGUGCUUUGCGCCAUGGAGUGUGCCCCGAGCCAGUGUACUCCAAACGUUUAUCUAGCGGUCAUCUGCUUUGAAAAUUUGAGUCACUUCUUCAAGCUAGAUUUGACAGUGCAGGAAUUCUUCUAUUUCUUCGAGGUGAGACGCUUUGAGAAUCAAGGCGAUCAUGUGUGGAGCAAGGAUGUGCUGGAGGUCAGUGGCAGAUGGGAAAGGGAGGUUGGCGACGGUCCUCUCGUUCCUCUCACCUACUGUGACGAUGAUGCAAUCCGAAAGAAGCUCGUCCUCGACCCGGACAUGACGAAGGUUCGGCAGGCUUUGAGCAUCCCUGCUAAGUUUCGUGAAUGGCACUGGCUGUUGAGCGAACAUCGGAAGAAAGUCGGUGGCCUGCCCCCUAAUGAAGAUAUUGAAAGAUGGAAGUUGCACUUCUUGAAGCUAAGUGACUUGCCAGUUGAGCAGGAUGAGUCAUCAACCGAGUCCCCCGAGGAUAGGAAGGCGUGCAGUGGACCCGCCCGCGACGGAGCUGCAGUUUCACGAUCAAUGGAUACGUCUCUACAGCGGGGGCAGCCAAGAUCUUCUCUUGCCGCUAACAAGCCUUCCUCACAACGGUAA